CUCAGUAAUGUGGCAGUUGUUGAUCUUAGCAACCCUACAACCCUAGAACAAACCCACACAUUUAUAUCCAAGAGAAAUUAAUCCCUUAUCAGCUAUCAAAUCCAUUGGGGUUAGUGCAGUCGAAUGGCUGGAAUAUCCACAUUGGAUGAUACUAAAGGCUUGAGACCGUAGAGUAACAUCAGGAAGCGGGCGCAAGGUAACCAGAAUUUUCAAGCUGGAUAUAAAGAUAUUGGAUAUGGGCCUUUUGUUCACCCGCCCGAUAUGUUCAUACUGUUUACAGUUUGGCGUAAAUGCAUUGUGACGAAUUUAAGAUGUCAUACUAGCUUUCCUAGUUGUGAUUGUCGAAUUGACUUUGGUACAUGCUGUUAUUGAUUGCUAUCAGUUGUUUUCACUUAUAAAUGUGUCAUUGUCAGAUUGCUUAUAUUUCUCACUCCUAUCAAAACAAAACUACAACUUGAUUUCUUCCAUUCAUUAGAACAUUGGAAACCACCUUACUUAACUAUCAAGUUGAGUACACUCUCAAUGGACUUUAUAUUGAAACCAGUUAUUUCAUGUGCUGGUGAUGAAAAUCUUUUGCCUUAUUUCGAAAGCCGAUGUUUAUCGACUUUGGGGAGUCAGCAGGUGGUAUGGAAGCAUCCCAAACUGUCAAUGGUUCAUUCUGUACGAUUGGGAGCAUGUUUUACAAGAUUUCGUGUUAGCCAGUUACAGUCUAACGUCAAAGUUUUAUCAAGUGGAAGACCUAUUCGACCUGUCGGUACAUUUCAACCAUUACUUUAUAUUUAUGUGACUUCAAAUGAUGUUUCUCAUUAUACAUCACAUGGUGGACGGAAUGCUAUCGGUAGUUGGUUAGGCCAUUUACGUGCCAGAAAUGUAUUUGACUGGCUUAUUAUUAUGGUUAAUUCUGAUCCACAAUAUAACACACCAAAAAUUCUACAAAAAUCAAAUGUACUUGACAAAAUUAGAAGUGAUUUUAACGUUCGUACAGGCGACCGACAAUUUUUAGAAGUACCAGCACCUAACUCAACUGAAGAAAAACUAUUCAAUGAAUCAUGGAAUCAGUUAACUUAUCUUGUUCGUAAAUCUAUCAUAUCGGCUUGUAUGUCAAUUAUUGCUGAUUAUGAUAUACAUUUACAAAUGCUGACCGAUUCAUGUUCAACCUUUACAUGGGAUUAUUUUGAGUAUUUAGAUAGAAAGGAAGAAUUAGCGCAUAUGUAUUUGUUUCUUGGUGGACAUGAACAUGCUUUACAUGAGUAUCGUGAAGCAACCGAAUUACUUUCUAAAUGUAUUCAAGAGUCAACACAACUAGGAUCUAAACGUCCUCAAUGGUUAGAUCGAUUAACACAAUUAUCAUCAUCGGAUGAAGUAUCACAUUAUGUGUGUGAUUAUUCUUUAGAUGUGACUAAUACAGAAAUAAAACAGUCUAGUCGUUUAAAAACCCGUAACGCUACAUUAUUCGAAUUGAAAAAUUACCUUUUAUCCAGACAAGCAUCAAUAUUAUGUAUAUGUGAUCGAUUAAAUGAAUUCCCUGCGUUUGCUUAUCAUACCAUUUGUUCUACAUUGACUGAAAUAAACAUAUUAGAUAUUCAAAUGGAUAAUUUAUUUCGCGCUGUUUGGAUUCUGUGUAUUUGUUUAAAUACACUGACAAAUAUCCGACUAGAUUCAGAUCGUUCAAUGGAUGAUGUUAAUAAAUCAAUUAUUGAAUUAUUGGAUACAGCUUUUUCAUGCAAUAAUAUUUUAGAGAAUAUUAAUUUUACACGCCUUUCGAAGUUAUCAUUUAAUAGGCAGUUGUUGUCGUCGUCAUCAUCAUCUUCAUCACCGACCAUAACAACACAAAGUGUAUUUAUCGAUGCUAACAAAGAUUCAAAUGUUACUAUUUGGUAUAUGAGUCAUUUAGUUGAUAAAAUUUUUACACAUUUUCGUUGUUAUGAAUAUCCAUUAUUACGUAAUACUUCUCAUUUAUCACCUAUCAAUAAUGUUACUAGUUCAUCAACAGAAAAUUCAUCAAUAAUCCAUAAAUUUUCAUUCAAUAAAAUCAAUAAUGAUAAAGAUAUAUUUUGUUCAGAAAAUUAUUCUAUUGAAUUAUGGUUAAUUGUAUUUAAUUAUAUAAAACAAAUUGGACAAUUCAUUGGUUUAUGGUGUAUCAAAUCGAAUUUAUCUAUUCAUCGUGAAAAAUAUUCAUUAUUCAAUAAAAUAAUUACUGAUAGUUUAAUUAAUAAUCAACAAUCAAUAAUUAAAGAUUCUAUUCAACAACAACAACAACAAAAUGAUAAUGGAAAUCAAUUAAAUUUAGAAAUAGAUCAAAUGCAUAUAGAACAAAUACAAUUAGAUCAUUCUAUAUUAUUUGCUCAUAAUCAUUUAAUUCCAUUAUUUACAUCAUCAUUAAUUUAUUCACAAAUUUUUACAUCAAUUGGACAAACAUUAAUUGGUUUUUUAAAAUUAAUACAUUGUCCUAAACGUGCAUAUGAAAUUGUUUAUGAUUUGGCGGAUUUCUUAUUUUCACAAGGAGCUCAUGAAUCAGCUUCAUGGUUAUAUGAGUCACUAAUAAAUCAUUAUGAUGAAUCUUCGUGGAUUGGUUUAGUAACAAGUACACGCAUAUGCUUGGCAUGGUGCUACCAUUCCUUAUGUGUAAAGAAGCAUUUUGAAACUAAAGAUGAUUAUGAAAUUGCUCGAAAAUACAUUCAAAUCUGUUUCAUCUUAGCUGGUACAAAACACUCUGUAUUACGUACAGCUGCUAUUCAUGUUUACAAUAAAAUUCAAUUUUGGUAUCAAACAAUAAAUUUUACACAAAUUUUAUCGAUACCAUCAUUUAAUGAUUCAAUUAAUCCAAAUUAUUGGUGGAAAGAAGCUGUUGAAUUUCGUAAUUCUUUAUUAGCCUAUCAUCAAUGUAUUGUUUUGGAUCCUUAUCAAAUGUCACCAUUGUUUCGUUUAAAAUCUGUUGAAUUGGAAGGUGUUUGUAAUUGUGGUUAUCAAUUGAUUUUUAUUCAAUUAAAAUCGAAUUCAGACAGAACAUUUAAAGCAUCAAUACACAUUAGUGGAUCAGAACCUACGUACAUUGACUGGCAAACAUUGUUGAAUCCAAAUGAAUUUCUGCCUUAUCAUGUAAUGGAUAAAACUAAUCAAUUAUUGAUACCACAGUUAGAUAGCCAACUACAUUUGAUCAAUUUGACUACUGCUCCUAGUAUCUCUGUUGUCAAAAGCUUAGCAGGUAGUAAUGUGAAUAACCCGAUAAUUAUUGGUAGUGAUAAUAAUAAUAAUCGUAAUAGUAGUAAUAAUAUUAGCACUGGCAGUCAUAAAGUUAUCUUACGUGGUCAAUUUUCUACUUCAUCUGAAAAAAAUUCAAGACAAUACAAUAAGUACCAUUUACCAACAACCGAAAUGACUGUCUCGACUCGUCGAAGUUAUUCCAGUAUACCAGAUAGUUCUAAAGAAUAUUUGAAUAAAAAUUUAGCACUUAAAGGAAAUCAAUUGAGAAUUAGUAAAAUGAAUAGUCAGUCACGUUUAGGUUCAUUGUUAAACGUUGCUGCAUCAUUGGCCAGUAGACCAGCAUGGAAAUCUCAAGAUACUAUAGGCGUUAUGAGUGAUGAACAUAAUAAUAAUACUCCUAUUUCUACCCCACAUAUAAUACAGAAUGGCAGAAUUACACGGAUUCCUUCUGAUGGUUUAAUCGAACCAAAUAUUCAUAGUUCAAUACAAAUUUUAAGACAACAUUCACUCUGUCCAACGAAAAAACGAUCACGUAUAUCAUUCAGUAUUAAUGGUAAACACGAUAUGUUUGGAAAUGAAAAUAGGGAAUCAUCUACUCCUGUUUCAACUAAAAAUCCACUUUUUAUUUUAAAUCAUGAAGAUUCUUUUGUAAUGAUAAAACCUGGGUUAAAUAAAUUGUCAUUUAUAGCUAAUGCACCAGGAUUUUUAAUUCCUGAGAAAAUUUUCAUUAAUUGUCUUGAUGAAGUCAAUACUGAAUUAAAAGAAGCAUUAACAGAACAAGAAUCUGUGGAACCGUCAAUUAAUAGUCGUUCCGAAGUAAAUUUCGUAUCAGAUAUAGAUGGUGAUGUUUUUGGAUCUAGUUGGCGUGAUACUGCAAUGAUGAAAACAUUGUUACCUAAACCAGAGAUUUCAAUAUCAAAUAACUCGAGUGGUAAACGAUAUCCAGUUGUGUUUGGUACAUGUCAACCAAUUCCAGUUCAAUUAAGAUUGGGCAAACUGGGCUUAUCAGAAGAUUGUAAGUUAAGCACAAGUCUAUAUCGUAUUCGUUCAAAUAAUAAAAAUUUUGUAUUCAAGACUAAAGAGGAAACAAAUUUCAUUAAAACUUAUAAUAACCCUAAUGGUAAUGAUGGAAAUGAAACAAUUUUCAAUAAUCAAUCCAGUAUCACUGUUGAUGGUGGUUAUCAAAUAUGUAAUCAAUAUAGUGAAAAUGAUUAUUCAUUAAUUUCUAAUUCAUUGGAAAAUCAUCAAGAUGAACAUUUGCAUGAAAAGCAUCAAACUUUAUUUAGUCAAUUUAUUUUAGAAGAUGGACCAGUUGAUUUUAUACGAGAAUAUAAUCCAUUAUCACAAAGUUUAAAAUGUAAAAUUAAUCAUCCUAUGCCAACAUUUCCACCUGGAUGUUGUUUACAAUUAAGUAGACCAUUAUAUCUAUCGGCUACAUCUUGCAAUGAUCAAUUUGCACUUUCAAUGCCUAGUGGACAUUAUUGUAUUCUACCAGUAGAUAUUAUCAAACCACUUGGAUUCAAUUUGAAUAUAUUCCCUUUACCUAAAACAUACGUUAUCUUCAGUCUAAACAUUACUUGUGUGGACACUGACCCAGAUUCAACUAUAACACCAGAAGCAUACUGCAGUCAAAAUCUACUUUGCAAAGACCCAAUAACAUUUGAAUUGUCUAAUAUGCGAUUCUAUAUUUGUGCUUCAAAACUUUACUUAUCCAGACGUCUAGCACUAAGUAGUUCCUUUUCAAAUGGUCAGAACCAACCUUAUAAUCGUCAACUGAAAUCACAUAGCUAUCUCUCGUUGGAAGAUAGUCAUCAAAUUACUGGGGAUGUUACUAAAAAUGAUGUCCUAGAAACAGGUUCCGGGGACAAAUUAUACGAUACUGUCAAUCAAACCAUUGAAUCUUUAACUGGUGACCUUCUGGACAAUAGAAUCACUAAGGCUGUAUGUUUAUCGUUGUUACUGUAUUGUUAUUGUUUUUUUUUAAAUUCUCCAAAUAACUCUAACUCAGUGUUACAUUAUGGUUUAGGCAGUGGUUAUCACCCGCAUCCUAAUAUUUCGGAUCACCACAUAUCCAAGUUAUACAUCUUCAAGACAUGAAAAUGCUGAGUUGGCUAUAGGAAAACUUCUAAAUUCCACAUAUCAAGAAGAUAUGUUCAAUUUUUUAUUCGCUAAAAUUAUUUUUAAUUGUGAAUACUAGACCAUUUCCUCUUUGGUUAAGAUUAGAGAAUGAUAUACUAAAGAAAUUUUGAAAAGUUCUUCCUUCCCUUGACCAAUAGGUUUGAUCAUUGUAGAUAGCCAUCUAUUUGUCGUUUCAGUAAAAUAUCGAAAUAGUAAAAUUUCAUAGUUCGCCUCGUAACUCUUUUGUUGUUAAAAAGAUCAUCCAAGAAACUGAGAUAAUUGUUCUCUUAAACAAUGAUUUGGUCGAUGGAUGUAAGUUAAAAACAAGUAUUUAUAAUCCUUUCAAUUCUUUGUUUGUACAGUUUCAUCAUAGAGUGAUGAGUAGUUUAAACAUCCCCUUUUAGUCAAAUAUAAACAACAAACUGUAAAUGUUAAGAUUAAAAGUUUUAAUUAUAAGCAAAGAUAGAUAGUGGCUAGAAGUGGAAUCCAGGACGCGCGUUUCGUCCUACCUGGGACUCGUUAGCUAGAUGUACCUGCAUCUCAGAGUUGAUGUUCACUCUGGGACUAGAACCCAGUACCAUUCGCUUCCAACGCCAUCGCGUUAUCCACUUAGCUCAGUCAGUCAGUAACAACGUAGAACUUCGUACGUACGUACAUCAGUCGGAGUUGCCAUACUACAUUAGCACACAGACACUUAGCUACUGAGUCCUGAUAGCUACUUGCCUGUACAGUGGGGUGAAGUUUAAAUUCAGUUGGUAUUGUUUACUUGAAUCUUCCCAUUGACGAUUGGGACUGCAAUUGAUCAGUCUCUUAUUGGCAUAUGUGCACAUAAAAGUUUUAAUUGUUUUAUUUGCAAUGUUAAUCACUUUUAUAGAAUCAUGAAAUAUUGUUGUACGUUAUCUAUAUCGGAAAAAAAAGAAUCAUCUCUGUUAUUCAGGUUAAUUCUUCAAUAUGAAUCGAAUAUAUGGAUAAUGUCACGUUAACUGGGUUUUUUUUUGUUGACUUGGGCCAAUUCUUCUAAUAGUCCUAUGAAUAUUUACUCAAGAAUAUACAGAAGCCAGAGCAUUAAUUAUUGAGAAAGUUUGUGUUGUUACUAUUUGGUUAAUUCGACAAACACUCUAUGAGCAAGCACCGCCGGAAAGGAAAUGAGUCCAAAGAAUUGAAUGUAUAAUUUCUGAGUGGUGAUCAAUAAGUGGGUAGAGUUUUCACUGAUUAUCUGUGUUUACAACCAACGAGAGGAUAGAUAAAUAUUAAAGUGCAGACAUAUGUUCAAUCAAACUCAAAAACAGUUAUGAAAAGUGAAUCGAUUGUCUAAAUUACAAUAAUUAGUUAAUGAAAACUAUAAUAGGCUUUUCUUCUGACCUGGAUAAAUAGGUUGUACAAAUAAACUGUAAUAAUAAGGGCUUACUAUACUGUAUAUUUUAUGUUUGUUAUUUUGCUGAAUGCUGAUUCAUAUUCAAGUAGGAGAGGAUCUUCGUGUAAAUCUUUGUUCUAUACCAUCACACACUAUAAGGAUUUUAUUUUCAGAAAUAGUCAUUUAUUUAAGGAAUCUGAUUUUCAUUGUUCAUCUAAUUAAGAUCAUCUCAUGAUUUAAACUGUAAAAAAAACCACAAUCUCCACAUAAUCAUGUAUACACUAGUGACUAGCUUCAAAUCGCAAUUAUAGGGUUCUGGUAAGAGUCUGUGAUCAAUAGAUUUCAAUCAUGUUAGGUGUCAGAUAGUGACCCAUCACAGACACUGAGAGAUAUACACGUAAUACAUUGGAACGAUUCAACUUAGACAUACCAUUGGAUGCGCCGAGUCAGUGAUCUAGGAGUGAAUGUGUCUCGCAUGAAAACGGAAGUUCCAAGUUCGGCUAACUUUAGGAGGGGGUCGUGGAUGCGAAUUGUUGAAGAGUCCCACACUAAAAGGAAACAACUAUUCACUGCUUCCUCAUUUUUAGUAGUGACCUAGUUAAAAACAGUACGUGGUUUAGACUAUGGAAAUUCUACAAUCUCCACAAAUCCCUUUAUACUGUAUCUAUUAUUUACUUAUCAAAUUAACUAAUCUAAUGGGAAAAAAAUUUCUUUAUAUUUUCUUGUAUCACAGUAUGUCACUCAUUUAACACCGUUUUCAAUACCUUGGCGUUUCAAAUCAUUAGAAUAUAAUAAUUUUAUGAAAGUUUGUAAAGAAUCACAUUGUCAACCAAUUGGACGUUUCGAAUGUACAAUGAAUCGAAUUGGUAGUAUUAAAAAAGUUAAUCAGGAUAUAAGAGUGGAUUGUGCUAUUAGACAACAGAUAUAAUUGGAAUUCAUCAUUUAAGUCUGGUAUAUAUUUUUUUCUUAGUACUUUUGAUAUAAAUACCUUUUUUAAGUGCAUUAUAUUCAAGUAUUCAAUACUGACCUUAUCAAUUUAAGAAAUCUUACUUCUUAUAUGUGAUGUGAAAGAAGACAUUUUUAUCUGAUUUCGAACUUAUUUCCAAAUUCAUGAUUUUUAAAUCUUUGACUUAUGAUUGUUUAUCAUGCAAAAAAAGAAGAAGAAAUAUUGUGAUGCAUAUCUAUCUGUUCCAUUUAUCUGUGAUACUAUGAUAACUGGAACUGUUCACUAGGACUCUAUUUUGUAUAUAUAUACACAAUUUGAGAUAUUCUGUUUUCUAAUAAUAACAUCCUCUCAUUAUCUUUCAAAACGAAACAACUAUUCUUUUUAACACAUAAAGUAUUUGCAGCACAUGUAUCAUUUUGAUUACAAAUGACUAUUUGGGCAAAUUCCAUGGAUUUCAGUUAGAUACGUAUAUUACUGGGUACGUAUGUUCGUAAAAUGUUAAUUACAAAUAGAUUUGAUCACUGUCUACUUAUGACUUGAUAGAUUAAAAUACACUAAAUAUAACCAUUUAAUGCAAC